AUGAGUAAACUACAGAUGUUUCUAUGCUGGCUGACAUAUCCUGUAAUUGUUUCAGCAGAUUCUCACUCUCUGUUUGCACUUGGGACAUUCAUCACGGGAAAUACACCGUUCCCCGAAUUUAGUGUGACAGUGAUGCUUGAUGAUACUCAAAUUGGAUACUAUGAUUCGACCACCUGGAAGUACACCUGUCUUCGGUGUCAGAAUUCUGGCUCUGCUGACAAGGACGCAAAACCAAGAGUCAGACUCCUGAGGACAACUCUCACAGAGUCUGGCAGGGUUCAAGUAAGUUGUCUGGCCACUGGUUUUUACCCCCGUCACAUCAACCUGACUCUGUUCAGAGAUGGUCAGCCUGUGUCUGAAGACCAGGUCAUUGGAGGGAUACUGUUACCUAACUGUGAUGGAACUUAUCAGAUGCGAAAGAGCCUGGAGAUCAGUGCAGAGGAAUUAAGAGUGAGAGACUACACCUGCUCAGUCAUUCACCUUAGCUUGAACAAUAGUCUGGACAUCAGUUUUGGUUUCAACCCAUCUGCUGAGUCCAAAUAUUCAGCUGCAGCAAGUGAGUUAUAA